ACGGCGAGAUAAGAAGCUUAUGUGUCUGUGUGUGCUUGCGCGGGCGCGCGCGCGCGCGUACACGUAGCUCAGAUUUAAAAAAAAACCCGACCAUUUAUCCGUCUGCGCGUCUCUUAUAGCUGGGAAAAAAGUGGGACGUAUUCUACAGCGGGAGCCCCCUCCUUCUUUUCUUUUGCCUUCUCUAGAUUUUGACACCCCCGGAGAGCUACAUAGGGACUGAGCCUGCCACUUCUGAGGCCAUUUGUUGAAUAGGGGCGAAGGCUAUAUGUUACACUGUUUAGCUCCGAGAAGGGACACGCGUGGCACGAACGGCGCUUGCGGCGCACGUUCGCAAUCUUGUGUGGGAUUACUUGUCCUUAGAGUUGUGGACUGACAUCAUCUUUUUUUUUUUAAAUGGAUUAACUCAACUUUUCAAAUGCACUCCCACUGGACAUUAUCUGCGAUGAGUGAAGAGGAGCUGAGAAGCUCCCCCGCUGCUUUUAGAGAGUGAGUAGGAUUAGACCGGAGCUCAGUGGAGGCACCACUGCACUCUCACACAGGCAGCCGGAGCCGGAGCCAUGAGCAGGGCGCUUACGGAGCACGUCAACAGUAGCUUCCGAGAAGAUGCUCCUCGUCCUCCGGUACCGGGAGAGGAGGGAGAGUCGCCAUGCUCCAUACCCAGCCGGUCUGGAAAAAUGAAAGCCCUUAAUAAGGUUAAAGAUAACACGGCUGCCGCCGCGCUCCCCGGCUCCACUCCACGAAGGAAUGAGGAUGGAUUGGGAGAGCCGGAGGGAAGUGCGUCCCCAGACUCGCCGCUGAUCCGGUGGACAAAGUCUUUGCAUUUUCUUCUUGGCGAUCAAGAUGGUGCUCACCUCUUUCGGACCUUUUUGGAGCAGGAGAAUUGCGUGGACACUUUGGACUUUUGGUUUGCUUGCAACGGUUUCAGGCAAAUGGACUUAAAGGAUACCAAAACGAUGCGAGUUGCCAAAGUUAUUUUCAAACGGUACAUCGAGAACAACAGCAUUGUUGCCAAGCAGCUCAAACCAGCCACCAAGACCUACAUAAGGGAUAGUGUUAAAAAGCAACAGAUAGACUCGGCCAUGUUUGACCAGGCACAGACCGAAAUCCAGUCCAACAUGGAAGAGAAUGCUUACCAGAUGUUUUUGACCUCUGACAUAUACCGCGAGUACGUGCGCACCGGCUGUGAGAACGCAGCUUAUGCGAAUCACGGCACGCUCGGCAGCCUCAAGCUUGUGUGUGGAUAUCUUCCACCUCUUAUGGAGGAAGAGGAGUGGAGCUGCCAUGACUUGAAGGCAAAGGCUUUAGGUUCUAUGGUUGGACUUUCAGCCAAAUCCUUGAGGGCGACCGCUGCCAUCCGGACAACGGCUGAAAUUUUGGAGAACAGUUGCAGGGCCCAUCGUCGAGGAGACGAUGCCAGCCCGUAUUUUGUCAACUCUGGCUACAUCUUGGCUCCUGCCACCAGUGCCAAUGACAGUGAGAUCUCCAGUGACGCCACGACGGAUGAUUCACUGUCAAUGACAGACAGUAGUGUAGAUGGAAUCCCUCCGUAUAAACUGGCCCCCAAGAAGCAUCUCCAGCGAGAGAUGAAUCGCAGUGUCAAGAUCAAUGGCCAGAUUACGCUUCCCCACUUUCCAAGGACUCAUCGUCUGCCUAAAGAGAUGACCCCCGUUGAGCCUGCAUCGUUUGCUGCCCAACUCAUAACGCGGCUUGAGAAGCUGAAGCGAGAACAAGACACCAUGAGCUCUUUGGCGGAGAGACUACAGCAGAUACAAGAGGAGGAGGAAAAAGAGGAAAGCGCAGAUCUCACCAGCAACACCUCCCUCCAUCAGCCUCUUCUUCCAUCCGCUAGCCAAUGUGAGGAGGACCCCCAAGCUAUCCUCGACGAUCAUCUGUCACGGGUCCUGAAGACGCCGGGCUGCCAGUCACCCGGCGUGGUUCGCCACUCGCCGCGCUCACGCUCCCCAGAACGGACCGGUGCCUUGGUAUCUUCAGACCACGGAUCCUUCUUUGGUGCUUAUCCUGGCUCUGCCAAAGCUGUCGUGUCAGGCCGGCAGUCCGCAAAACAUACCCAUCACCAUUAUAUCCACCAUCAUCAUGCUGGGCACAAGACGAAGGAGCAGAUUGAGGUUGAGGCAGCUCAGCGUGUACAGUGCCUCUGCCCUCCAGGAGGCGCCAAUUACUCUGACGUUACCCCUGCUCGCUGCAGCACUUUGUCACAGCGGCAAGUCAGAUCCUCCAAUGAGGGCUUGUCAUCACCAUGCCUUCCUCUUGAUACCACUGACCGCUCUCAGAAUGUUUGGCAGUGGAUCCUGGAGAGCGAGAGACAGGGCAAACACAAGCCUCACAGCUACCCUGUCCUUCAUAAGCCACUUGGUUUUGAGACCUUGCCUGCUCGAACUCACUCCUUAUGGGGUGGGGGUGGCAUUGGUUCCGGGAUUAACCUUCGUGGGCACCACCCGGGCCAUCCAUUUGUACAGGAUCCAGCCAUGCCGCCGCUGCCCCCACCCAACACUUUAGCACAGCUCGAAGAGGCCUGCCGUCGACUGGAGGAGGUUUCCAAACCACUAAAACCCAGGCAUUCAACAGCGUCCAUCAGCCUGAAAGACCAGGGCCACCCAGCCAUAGCCUUCACCGCUGGAGGCAGCUCUCUAGCCGCUUCUGGACUCCAAAUGGACGAGUCAAGUGACCUCAUGGUCACCUACUUCUUCUGUGGCGAGGAAAUUCCUUACCGGAGUGUGAUGAAGACCCACUGCCUCACCUUGGGACACUUUAAAGAACAGCUUAGCAAGAAAGGCAACUACCGGUACUACUUUAAGAAAGCCAGCGAUGAGUUUGAGUGCGGUGCCGUAUUUGAGGAGGUAUGGGAGGAUGCUUCGGUUUUGCCCAUGUAUGAUGGCAAAGUCCUGGGCAAGGUGGAGAGGAUGGACUAAAAAAACACGAGCGACAUCCUUGUUGCCAAAAAGCUUAAAGUCCCGGAAAACUUGAGGAAAGAGAGUCUUGUCAUGAACUUUAUUUCUUGAAAUGAUGAAUACUAAGCUAAAAACACACACACACACACACACACACGCAGAGUUAAUAUAUCCAGCACAAGGAGUGAUUGAAGGAAGACGAGCCAAUGAAGUAUGCCUAAUCCAGAGGAGGGGGGCUGUCCCUCCCUGAAUUUCUCAACCAACCAGCCUUAGAAACACAAAGAACAACGCGAAAAACUUUCCAAGACCAAUGUAAGGUGGGGGCGGGGGGAGCGGGGGGGGGGACCCCUGACCACUUCUUGAAUAUAUAACCACUGUUGUGAUGCAUAUUGAGAGACUGUUGCGCGUUUACACUGACAGGCGGGUCAUGUGCAACGGACUAGAAGGGGGGGGGGGGGGGGGGCUGGAGAAGCAGCACCGCACCAGCCAGCCUACGCUUCAAGCUUGCUACAUAGUUACAAAAGUGUUCAUACAUGUGCAUAUACAUAACUUGCAUAUAUGUAUAUAUACAUGUAUUGUAUAUGCGUAGUGUCACAAGUUGAAGGUUUAUAGUGAUUAUUUAUUGAUAAAAAAAAAAAAAAAAAAGGACCCCUCCCAACCUUGUUCUUGCCCUCCCAAUUUCCAGCCAAAAAGGCAAGCUGCUCUGAAUGUUGGGAGACUACUGCGGUGGAAUUGUUUCAUAUUUUGUUUUGUCUGAUCUUAGUAUAUACAACAUAGGAUGCGGCGCUAGCCUAGCACCUCCCAUAGCCUUGGUACCUUCUCUGAUCCAAAUUGCCAUUCUUUUGUGGUCUUGGGGUUCUUGAGGCUUCUAAUGCUCAAUCCCAAGUCUUAUAUGCUGCUGAAAGUUUGAAAUGCUAGUUCUGGCACUCUGGCGUUCCCUUCCCCCCCCCCCCCCCUUUUUGCCAGAGCUCACUUUUUGUGUCUUUAGGCUGGCAACAGAGCUCCGUUUUUUUGUGUUGUGCCUUUGUUUGUACACCCGGGCUUUGCAUGUGGGGGGGGGGGGGGGGGGGCAUACACGCAGAGCAGAGAUGUGGAACACAAGUUGUACCAUCUCAUAACGGUCGUAUUUACAGCUCAUGCACCAAAAUGAUAUGAGCGAAAAAGAACAAGUUUGAGAGGAGGAGAGAAAAAAACUGAACAAUGAAGAACAAUGGCUCUGAUAUCUCUUGAAUGUUGCUAUAGUGAUUUUGUAUUUAACAAUACCCCUGUAUACAUUUGUAAUUAUGCAUUGGAAAGUAUGGAUACCGACACACGUGUUGCACAUCAGGAGUAUACGCUCAAAAACAACACUUAUAAUAAGAACACACUCUUGCUGGUGUUUUAAGAGUACAGGCGCCUGUGCCUAAAUGGAUGCCAUACCAUGUGCUACCCUGUUUCAGGGUUUUAAUAUAUAUCCCUUGGUUUUCAGAAGGGUUUUUUGUUGUUGUUGAAAAGAUAUUUUUUAUGCCUUUUAAUAUCAUGUAAUCGUGUUUGGUUGUUGUUUUUUUUUACACCACAGCCUUUUUCUUCAUUCUAUCAAAAACUGUAAAUUAUACAUUAUAUAAAGAGUUUCAUUUAAAGAUUUACAUGGACCUAUAAUUAUUGUAAUUAUUGAGAGAUGUAGCCUUUAUUAAAGUUAUAUAUUUUUCAAGUC